CCUCAACCUCCUCCAGACAUGCCUGCAUAGGAAGAUGCCCCUGUCUCCACCGCUAAGUACAUGUCGAGGGGAUGUCAAGCUCGUCAUCAAGCCAGUCCGCCCAUGGACAGGCCGAAGCGUCCUCCAGCCGGGCGCACCUGCAGCCAGCCGUUGAAGAUGAUCUCAGUGAUACUGAGGGGCUGCUCUCAUCUGAUCCGCCAGAGCAUUCUCUACCUGAACAAAUCUCAUUUAAGCGCAAGCAGAAGGCUACGACCCCAUCGCCUUUCUCCAUCCCCCGAUUCCUCUCCUCCCCUCUGGGUGGGAAUAGCAACCACCAGUCUCCUUUGCGGCGAUCACCGCAAUCCCGGUUAGAGCAGCUUCGCACCAACCCUCGUGCAAAUGAUUCAACAGAGCUCAUUUUAAACUACCUGGACACUCCAGGGAACGCCGGUGAGCAGCUGCAGGAUGCAAAGGAUGCAAAUGGGCUGGACUGGUAUGUCGAGGGCCCGGGACGACGCGUUGGAUAUGAUGAUCUCACUGCCAUCGAUUGGAUCUUCGAAUACGCCAAGGAACGGCAGAGACUCCGCUACCUCUACUCGAGCGCAUCAGGCAUUCUUGGAUACAUAAAACAGCUCGCAGACGCCAGCCAGAUAUGGCUGAUAUUGAUCGCCGCUGGAAUUCUUAGCGGCGGUAUUGCAGCAUUUAUUGAUGUGGCUAGCGACUGGCUGGCCGAUCUGAAGACCGGAUACUGCAGCAACGUCGACGGAGACGGGAGGUUUUACUUGAACAAGGGAUUCUGUUGUUGGGGGUACUCUGAAUACUCCCACUGUCAUGAUUGGCAUCCUUGGAGCAGUGCUUUAGGUGUAAAGUCCGUUGGUGGUGGUUGGAUUGUUGAGUACAUUUUCUUUAUUCUGUUUUCGAUACUUUUCGCAGCUGGUGCAAGUUUUCUCGUACGAGAAUAUUCCACUUAUGCGAAGCACAGCGGUAUCGCUGAGAUCAAGACUGUUCUUGGUGGCUUCGUCAUCCGGCGUUUCUUGGGUGGCUGGACAUUGGUUGUGAAGACUUUGGGUUUGUGUCUCGCUGUUGCAUCUGGCCUGUGGUUAGGCAAGGAAGGGCCUUUAGUGCAUGUCGCAUGUUGCUGUGCCAACCUUUUCAUGAAGAUGUUUAGUAAUGUCAAUAGUAACGAAGCGCGAAAACGUGAAGUGCUCUCAGCUGCGGCCGCAGCCGGCAUUUCCGUUGCUUUCGGCUCUCCUAUCGGCGGUGUACUCUUCAGUCUCGAGCAAUUGUCGUACUAUUUUCCUGACAAAACAAUGUGGCAAAGCUUUGUCUGUGCCAUGGUUGCCGCCGUCACUCUGCAGGCGUUCAACCCCUUCAGGACUGGUAAGCUCGUUCUCUACCAGGUUACCUAUCACAGCGGUUGGCAUGACUUUGAGCUCGCCCCCUUCGCUUUUCUCGGAAUUCUUGGUGGCUCAUACGGAGGGCUCUUCAUCAAGCUGAACAUGAAGGUUGCAGAGUGGCGGAAGAGUCGACCAAUCGUCAAGGGACCCGUCAUGGAAGUUGUUCUCGUCACCUUGGUCACUGCAAUUGUGAACUAUCCUAUCAAGUUCAUGAGGGCGCAAGCAUCCGAACUGGUUUAUGUCCUGUUUGCCGAAUGUGUAGACCUCAGCGAAGACACUCUUGGUUUAUGCAAAGCUGGAAAGGCAAACACAGGUGUGGUGGCUUUGUUACUCGUUUCGGCCAUGCUGGGUAUCAUUCUGGCAAGCUUCACCUUUGGCCUUCAGAUUCCGGCUGGAAUUAUUCUACCAUCCAUGGCUAUUGGCGCUCUCUACGGCCGCGCGGUUGGACUUUCAGUCCAAGUAAUCCAGCAGGCCUGGCCAGGUGUGUUCGUAUUUGGAUCUUGUGAACCCGAUGUACCCUGCGUCACUCCAGGAACGUAUGCCAUCAUUGGAGCUGCUUCGGCGCUCGCUGGUGCUACAAGGAUGACUGUGUCUAUCGUGGUCAUCAUGUUCGAGCUUACUGGCGCUCUCACAUACGUCCUGCCUAUCAUGAUCGCUGUCAUGAUCAGCAAGUGGGUUGGCGAUGCUAUCUCACCUCGAGGCAUCUACGAAUCCUGGAUUCACUUCAACGGCUAUCCGUUUCUAGAUAAUCGCGAUGACAAUGGCUCCUCCAUACCGGACGUGCCCGCUGCACAAGUCAUGACAAGAAUUGAAGACCUCAUGGUCAUCACAGCCACAGGCCACACAAUUCAAAGCCUUCGCCAACUGCUUAUUCAACAUCAGUUCCGAGGUUUCCCGGUCAUUGAUAAUCCAAGAGAUGCUCUUUUACUUGGCUACAUCUCACGCACCGAACUUGCUUUUGCCCUCUCCUCAGCGCUUUCCGCACCCCGAAACCUCAACGACGAUACCGAAGCCUUUUUCUCUCACCAACCCCUCUUAGAUCCCACGACAAGCUUGGAUUUACGGCCCUGGAUGGAUCAAACACCUAUAACACUUAACGCAAAAGCUAGCUUCCAGCUCACGAUCAGCAUGUUCCAGAAGCUUGGCCUCCGCUACGUUCUGUUUGUCGACAGAGGCACACUGAAAGGCCUGCUAACGAAAAAGGAUGUCUGGUUUGUCCUGAAUGGUAUGGAUGAGAGAGACGCGGACACAGGUACGGGCAUUGGGAGAGGGGUGCUGAGGGACCAAGGGGAGGACGCAGGGAGUGAGGAGAGGGGAUUAUUAUCUACGCCAACGGAUGAGGAUGAUGACAGUCUUGCCGGGCACGAGCGGUUGAGGUAGGCGGGAAAGGAGUCCGGAGUUCCCCUAUUAAAUAAUCCGUGUGACCCGUUUGACUUAGAAAGCGGAGAAGAAGACUGUUUUACAAAGCCUUCGGGUUUAACUUGUCGCUCGUGUAUCGCCGCGUCUAUUCAACGUUUGGACGCACGUGCGAACUGGGGUCUGAGACAUGAGGAGACACAACUCGCAGUUCACGAGCAUUUAGCCCCAUAUAUGAGAAGAUCAAACACAAGGGCAGUGAUCAGUACGAAAACCCCGGGUUGACGUCAG